AGGAGAAGAAAGAGGAGAAGGAGAAGAAGACAGCUGAUCCUCUAGCCUACUUUCGUGUCGGCUGGUAUUUCCAGCAUUAUAAAGUUAUUCAAAUCAAACCGUGAUGAGAAAACAGAAAUACAGGAGUCCAUAAAGAAGAGAAACAAGAUAAGCGGCUGAGCCGAGACACACGUUGCACUUUACAGACGCACACACCUGUGUGUGAGAGAGAGAGAUGGAGCAAGGGGUGGUGGAUAGCCCAGUGGUCCUGGUCAUUAAAGCUCCUGAUCAGAAGUAUGACGAUCAAACCAUCAGCUGCUUCCUCAACUGGACGGUGGAGAAACUGAAGAGCCAUCUUUCCAACGUUUAUCCCAGCAAGCCUCGCUCGAAGGAUCAGAGGUUGGUGUACUCGGGAAAGCUGCUCCAGGAUCACUGUAAACUGCGAGACGUACUGAGAAAGCAUGACGAGUUCCAUAUGCUGCAUCUGGUGUGUGCGUCACGCAGUCCUCCUCCCUCACCCAGCACACGCAGGAGUCAGGGCAGCAACCAGCCCAUGAGCUCUACCAGCUCCAGAAGUCCCGCCUCUAGAGAUAACGUCCAAUCAGCGUCCUCUGAAGAGGCUCCUGAUAGGCUGAGUUUGAGCUCUAGUUCCAGCUAUCCCCAUCCUACAGCACACAGGAUGAUGAGUGUAUUUUGUGUUGUGUGCAGGUCAGCGUGGACUCAGUGGUUUAACCAGCAGCAACACAACACUCACACACCGCACUACCCCAUGUACAACCCCCACACCCUGCUGUGGUGGCAACAGCUCUACACCUGGCACUUCCACAUGACCUAUCAAACGUGGGUUGCAUCCCUCAGACCAUCCCAGCAGUCAGCCACACCCCCAGUUCCCCCUAUCGGAGAGGCACAAGCCGUUGCCCAUGACAACCCCCGGAACGGGCCAGCUGGGGCGGGUCUUAAUGAGGAGGAUCUGCACCGCGAUUGGCUGGACUGGGUGUACGCAGCGUCUCGAGCACUCGUUCUCCUCAGCCUGGUCUAUUUCUAUUCAUCGUUCAGCCGAUUCGUCAUGGUAACAGGAGCCAUGCUGCUGCUGUACCUGCAUCAGGCAGGUUGGUUACCCUUUAACCUCGACAACGAGCUGCAGGACCUCGCUGAACCAGCCAAUCACAAUCAGGAUGAGCCAGUUGCAGACAACCUCAACAACACGGAUCGUCUGGCAGACGAAGGCGAGGAAGAGGAGGAGCAGCAAGAAGGACCCGACGACGACGACGAUUAUGACGAAGAUGACGACGACGAUGACAACGAAGAAGGAUGGGUGAACUUAGGACUCCUCUCCUCCGCUUGGUCUUUCAUCACCACUUUCUUCGCGUCUCUGAUCCCCGAAGCCGUUCCCAAUGCGGUGAACUGACCCUGAGCUUGACCCUGGCAAAUCCCCCCAUCUCUUCAGAACAGAGCAGGACACGAAUAGAGACACUGUCCGGACAAACCACACCAAAUCUCUCUGAAGGGAAGCUGUGAGUGUCGUAACAUACACACUCUCUCUCACACACACACACACACACACACAUACACGUACGUUUCCCGAGUAUUCCAUGAAGACUGAUCCUCAGCCUCAUGAGAAGUGGUUCGAACCACGGACUCGUUAGCUUUUCAAAUUGCAUUUUAUAAUCCUCUCGCGUGUCUCCGUCCUUUUAAAACGUCUCUCGUAAUUAGGGAACCUCAAAGAUGGACGUCGAACAAACAGCAGCCUCUGUGCACUUUAUAUUUUAUGGGGGAACAAAAAAAAGAAAAAAGUGUGUGUCUUUACAAGAGCUGUCCCCCCUGUUUUUUAACACUAAGUGUACUGUAAGUGAUGGGGUUUUUGAGAUUUUCUUCUUUCUUCUAAUCCCUUGGCCUACUUGUUCUUGUAUCCUCACUCUCCAUGUUCUUCGUCCCAAGGCUUUUCACACAGGGCUGUUAGAGGAAGUUGGCAUUUUUCUGAAAAGUGGCCGUGAAUGCCCUCAGCCGGAACGAAAGCCUCGUCUACAUUUCAUUGACAAUUUCUCUUCUUUUCUUUUCUUUUUUAAUGCUUAUGCAACACGGUUAUGCGUCAAGUGCUUUAGGGCGAGUGGAGUUUGUGUUGAGUUCGGAGAGAAAAAUCACACAGACUUAAUAGAGAGACAUAACUGAAUACAGUCACUUGACCCACAUAGAUAUCUGAAAGCUGCACCAAAAGCAAAUGGGCCAUGGUUCCUCAUACACAUACUUGUGGUGCAUGGAUCUCUCACCAGCCAUUUUAAUAGGAAUAGGAACACCUGCUCAUUCAUGCAAUCACAAAUUCAUGUCUCAGAAAAACAUGCACGCUUUGGGUGGUUUCCACACCGCGUGAUGCCGCACUUCCUGUCCACAUGACUGUUCCUCAAACUGAACAGGUGAUGCUUUUCCUUUCAUCAGCUGUCUAGUUUCGGUGAGCCUGUACUGACAGGAGUGGGACACUGCUUUGCUUUUGGAGCACAAGUUGAUGCUUUCCUGUUCACCACGGAUGGUUGAUUUGAGUUACCGUAGCCUUCCUGUCAAGUCAAAGCAGUCUGCAUGAUUUUAUGGAUUUUUUUCUGUUGAUUGGAUAAUUGCAUGAAGCUGCAAGUGUAGGUCGGUUCAAGGAAUACAUUUUCCUUCAAAAGAGUCAUUUUAAAUAAUGCAGACUUAAUAUGAAGAGCAAAAAUGUUUUUACACGUGGAUUUGUCAGUAUUGUUUCAUUCACAUGGGGUAGUGAACCAUGGUCCAGUAUAUUUUUGUUGCAGUUUGUGUGUGUGUGUUUCUCACCAUUUCAAACCCUCAUGGUAUUACAGCUACUCAAGAGGCUGAUGUUUAUUUGCUGGUUAUUCACAAUGACGGCACUUGCAGUAAAAUUUCAGAUAUUUGUCUCCAGUGUUUGUGUGAAUGAUCUGUUCUCAGUUCAGUAGAAAACAUAUACCCACUAUUAAUAAUCUAAUAUUUAAUGAUAAUACUCAAAUGCAGUGAAAUCAGGUGAAACACAAGGUGUUCCAUCCAAAAUCCAGUCAAAAAAAAAAACAACAACAAAAGUAGAAGUCGCUAGAAGCGAGGGAUGCAAAAGAUGAACCUGCACUAGCAGGAGACAAAUAUAGACUAUUAGGAAAUGAACCUGCACCAACAGGACUCAAACAUGGAUUAGCAGGAGCUGAACAUGGACUAACAGGGGACAAACCUGGUUUUAGCAGGAAACGAACCUGGAUUUAGCAGGAGAUGAACUUGGACUAGCAGGAGACGAACUUGGACUAGCAGGAGACAAACCUGGACUAGCAGGAGACGAACCUUGAUUAGCAGGAGAGGAAAGUUGACUAGCAGGAGACAAACCUUGAUUAGCAGGAGAUGAACUUUGACUAGCAGGAGACAAACCUUGACUAGCAGGAGACAAACCUUGACUAGCAGGAGACAAACUUUGACUUACAGGUGAGGACCCUGGAUCUAGCAGGACACGAACCUUGAUUAGCAGGAAACAAACUUUGACGAGCAGGAGACGAACCUUGACUAGCAGGAGACGAACCUUGACUAGCAGGUGACGAACUUUGACUAGCAAGAGAUGAACCUUGACUAGCAGGUGACGAACUUUGACUAGCAAGAGAUGAACCUUGACUAGCAGGUGACGAACUUUGACUAGCAAGAGAUGAACCAUGAGUAGCAGGAGACAAACUUUGACUAGCAGGAGGCAAACCUGGACUUGCAGGAGAUGACCCUGGACUUGCAAGAGGCAAAUCUUGACUAUAAGGAGACGAACCUGGACUAGCAGAGGAAGAACAUGGACUAGAAGGGGAUGAACCUGGAUUUUAGCAGGAGAUGAACCUUGACAAUAAGGAGACGAACCGAGGCUUUCAGGAGAUAAACCUGGACUUGCAAAAGACGAACCUAGACUUGCAGGAAAUGAACCUGGACUAGCAGGACACGAACCUGAACUAACCAGAGACGUACCUGGACUAGCAGGACACAAACCUGGACUAGCAAGAGACAUACCUGGACUUGCAAAAGACAAACCUGGACUUACAGGAGACGAACCUGGACUAGCAAGUGACGAACCUGAAGCUAGUUAGAUUUUCACUUGACCUCCAAAAACCAUUCAGCUUAUUAUUUAUAGUUCAUUAAUUAAGAAACAAGCUGUUCAUUUUUUAUGAUCCAAAACUUCUUCCAGACACAUGAUUUUUGUUGUGAAGGCUUUGUGAUAGGUCAUUUGGCACAACUGCAACAUGGACAUGGCUUUAAGAUUCCAACCGAAACCGAAGUGUUCAUGUUCACCAAACAUUUUAUUCUCAAGUACCUCAGUGUGAACGCAAAACGGCGGCAGUGUUAUUAAUUAACAUGCUUACUUAUUUAUUCAAGCAGCCAGUCAUUUAAUUUUUAAGUUAAGUAGCCUUUAUUUGUCACAUAUACAUUACUGCACAGCGAAAUUCUUUCUUCGCAUAUCCCAUCCUUGGAGGGUUGGGGUCAGAGCACAGGGUCAGCCAUGAUUCAGUGCCCCUGGAGGGCCCAAAGGUAGCAGCUCGGCGCUUUGGCAGGACAUCUGGAACAUCUGGGGCUACAGGAGGCUCAGGCACAGUGGUUGAAAAUUAGAAAGAACAUCUCCUGGUCUUUUUAUAGUCUUCUUUUUUUGUCCAGUUGCAGUGAUUAGCUGACAGGAAUGUGGCCGCCUUCUUUUCUACCACAUGUUGGAUGUUUUGAGAUGCUUUUUUGCUCACCACAGUUGUAAAGAGUGGCUGUUUAAGUUACUAUAAACGUCCCGUCAGGUCAGAACUCUCUCAGCUUAUCUCAUUCAAAACAACAAGACAUUAAAAUAUAUACAUUCUACAUGAGAUAUGGUUUGUACUUUUUAAGGACACUGUCAUUUUUGUUUGCGAUCGCUGUCAUUAUUUGGAUUUUUUUAAUUUCAACUGCAAAAACUUGAAGCAACAAAAUCCCAAAUUUUGAGGAAUAUGUUUAUCCUUGAUUUGUAACAUGCAAGCAAGAGACAAGUAAAACUCUUAUCCUUGGAUUAUUCACUGUAUACAACCUAAAAUACUGACAAAGCUACAACUUAACCACAGAAUUCAAAUGAUCGUAUAAAACAAAAGCAUUUGGUCUUGAACCACUAGACAGGUUCGAGAUGCAGGAUUUGCACAUGAUAACCAUUAUACCGUGUUAUAAAGCUGGAUCAGACAAACUGACAGCUCAUUUCCCUCUGGGACACAUCCGUCCAUCCAUCCAUCCAUCCAUCCAUCCAUCCAUCCAUCCGUCCACCCACUUUAUUUCUAAUUAGGGUCACGGGGGUCUGCUGGAGCCUAUCCCAGCACACAUAGGACGAAAGGCAGGGGUACACCCUGGACAGGUCACCAGUCCAUCACAGGGCCACACAUAAAGAGACAACCACACACAUCCAUCCAUCCAUCAAUUGUCUAUACCCACUUUAUUCCUAAUUAGGGUCACAGGGGUCUGCUAGAGCCUAUCCCAGAGCACAUUGGGUGAAAGGCAGGGGUACACCCUGGACAGGUCACCAGUCCAUCACAGGGCCACACAUAAUGAGACAACCACACACACACACACACACACACACACACACACACACACCUAUGGGCAAUUUAGAAUUACCAAUCAACCUAAUGUACAUGUUUUUGGACUGUGGGAGGAAACCAGAGUAAACCCACACAGGCACGGGGAGAACAUACAAACUCCACCCAGAAGGGCCCCUGCCUGUUUGAACCUGGGUUUCGAACCCAGGACCUUCUUGCUGUGAGUGCAACAGUGCUAACCACUAAGCCCUCUGGGACACAUUUCCAAUUCAAUCGUCCAUUCAUUUGAUUUUCUGGCAGAUUUUUCAACCUACAAAAAACAUGGUCAGACUCGGUGUAUUUUGAUUGUACAAUAUUUAUUAUGACCAAAAUGAAACGUUAAAAAAAUAUUUUUUUUUUUUGUGAAUUCUACACAAGAACAAAGAUUUACUGAAAUUCAUCACCUGUGUGUGUGUGACUGAAAUAAAAACCCAACUUUACCCAAUA